CAGGUAGAGGCUGAGCAGCAGGGAGGAGUGGAUCCGGGAUUAAAACCCAUGUCAGGAAUAAGUUUCAUCAUCUUCAGAAUCUACAGCCCGUGGUCCUUUCACAACAAACAUGCAAAACAAACUGGAUGGUCUGGAUUCCUCAUUUGCGAGGAAUGUAAAACAAAACCAUGGACCCUGAUUAUUUCAAAUCUUACGACAUGUGCUGGGGCACCCUCGGAACAGUGCGACCCUUCAACAAUUUCCACCCCGGAAGAGACGUUCAGGAGAUCCAGGCAGCGCUGGAGAUCAAAGAUGUGGGGACCCUGGUGAGAAUCCUGACCAAUCGGAGCAACGCCCAGAGACAAGAGGUCGUCAGAACCUUUCGAGAGAUGACACAGAAGGACCUGGAUGCUGCUUUGAAGAAAGCUCUGUCUGGAGAUGUGGAGGUUCUGCUGCUGGAACUGCUGAUGCCACCUCUGGAGCACGAGGCCCACCGCCUGCAAAAGGCCAUGGAGGGUUUAGGCACAGAUGAGGAUACACUAAUGGAGAUCCUGUGCACACGAUCUGCAGAGCAGCUUCAAGAAAUCAGCGUGGCGUACAAAGAGAUGUACAAGAAGGACCUGGAGAAGGAACUGAAGGGAGAAACGAGUGGAGACUUUGCUAAGCUUGUUAUAGCUUUGCUUGAUAAAGAAGAUGUUGCCAGUAGUGUCCAAAGAGAUGUUCAGGCUCUGAUCGCAUCACUAAAUGGGAAAAAAGCCGAUGUGGGACCAUGGAUCAACAUCCUGACGUCCAGAGACACAGACCAUCUUAACACUGUGUUCAUGGGACUGGAGCUGGAGACCGGACAGGUGGUGGAGGAGCUUGUGGAGAAGCGAUUCUCUGGAGACGUGCAACAGGGUUUGAAGGUUUUAGUGGAGUGCAUUGAGAGCCCUCAUGCCUACCUCGCUAAGAGAAUAGCCACCAUGAAGCCGUCGAUAGUUCAGGGGCUCAUGGUGUCUCACUCUGAGGAGGAUCUGCUCUGCAUCCGAACCGCCUUCCUUAAAUUAACAGGCACUUCUCUCUACACUGCUCUACAGCAGAAACAGUUCAAAGGAGAUCACCUACAGGCUCUGCUCGCCAUCUGUCGAUCUGAGGAUUAAACUUGCACCAGUGUUUGUUCAGUCAUUGUAUCAGUCCAUAGUAAUGCAAAAAUAAACGUCAUGUUCUUGUA